AUGAUCUGCUUCUCUGUCGUCCGUCAGCCUGAUGUGAAGAACAGCUGGACUGAGCUGGAUCCUCACGGAGGCCUCAGGAAGCAGCUCACUCUCUGCGACGCUCGCUGCUUCUUCACGGCGGGCCUAAACACAGACGGUAACCUGGUGUCUCUUUGUUUUCAGACUGUGGGUUUGAACACCACGGAUAAAGAGAUGGAGGUGUUUACUCUGAGGAACGUGUCUCUGAAGGACUCAGGAGAGUACACCUGCCUGGCGGGGAACUCCAUCGGCGUGUCUCAUCACUCGGCGUGGCUCACCGUCAUCAACGACGAGCCUCCCGCCCCGCUGCCCUCUCAGACCUACCUGGAGAUCUUCAUCUACUGCCUCGGGUUCUUCGUCAUCGUCAUCCUCGCGGCGAUAGGAGUCAUCUGCAGGCUCUGCUGCGCCCCCAAGAAGAGCGACUUCAACAGCCAGUUAGCCGUGCAGAAGCUGGCCAAGAGCAUCCCUCUGAGGAGACAGGUGUCCGUGGAGUCCUCGUUCUCCCUGCAGUCCGGGAUGUGUUUGAUGCGUCAGUCUCGCCUCUCCAGCGCGGCCACCACCAUCCUGACCGGGAUGUCCGAGUACGAGCUCCCUCAUGACCCGGCGUGGGAGCUGUCCCGAGACCGGCUGACGCUGGGGAAGCCUCUGGGUGAGGGAUGCUUCGGUCAGGUGGUUCUGGCUGAGGCCGUCGGGAUCGAUAAAAACAAGCCGACACGUCUGACGAAGGUCGCCGUGAAGAUGCUGAAAGCCGACGCCACAGAGAAGGAUCUGUCCGACCUGAUCUCUGAGAUGGAGAUGAUGAAGAUGAUCGGCAAACACAAGAACAUCAUCAACCUGCUGGGAGCGUGCACGCAGGACGGUCCUCUCUACGUGGUGGUGGAGUACGCCUCUCAGGGGAACCUCAGGGAGUACCUGCGAGCUCGGAGACCUGCGGGGUUGGAGUACUGGAGCGGGUCCAGGCAGGCGUCUCUGGACGGUCUGGAGAUCAGAGAGCUGGUUUCUGCUGCGUACCAGGUGGCCCGAGGGAUGGCGUACCUCGCCUCCAAGAAGUGUAUCCACAGAGACCUGGCCGCCCGUAACGUCCUGGUGACCGAAGACAACGUGAUGAAGAUCGCAGACUUCGGCCUCGCGAGAGACGUCCACCACAUCGACUACUACAAGAAGACCACCAAUGGUCGUCUCCCGGUGAAGUGGAUGGCUCCUGAAGCGUUGUUUGACCGGGUCUACACACACCAGAGCGACGUGUGGUCUUUCGGAGUCCUGCUGUGGGAGAUCUUCACCCUCGGGGGGUCUCCGUACCCCGGCGUCCCCGUGGAGGAGCUCUUCAAGCUGCUGAAGGAGGGACAUCGAAUGGAGAAGCCUUCAGCGUGCACACAGGAGCUGUACCUGAUGAUGAGGGACUGCUGGAACGCCGUCCCGUCACGCAGGCCGACUUUCCUGCAGCUGGUGGAAGAUUUAGACCGGACGCUUUCUCUCAUGGCCAACCAGGAGUACGUGGACCUGUCCGUCCCCCUGGUCCAGUACUCUCAGGUGGAGUCCUCUUCCUCGGAUCAUUCCUCCACAUAGACCUCCUGGGACUUUUCUUCUCUCUCUUCCCGGAUCACUUUGGAUCCUGUAUCUGGGCGGCGGUCCCAGAUGAGAUUUUGGCGCUGGGAUGAUCUGCUUCUCUGUCGUCCGUCAGCCUGAUGUGAAGAACAGCUGGACUGAGCUGGAUCCUCACGGAGGCCUCAGGAAGCAGCUCACUCUCUGCGACGCUCGCUGCUUCUUCACGGCGGGGUUCAUGGACUGAGUUCCCCCGCUGACAGACUGUGAGAGCUGCGUUUGUUUGUGUACAGUGUUUAUAAAGAUGUUGUUUUGUACAUACUGUAAAUAAUAUUUGUGUUUUAUGGAAGAUUUAAAAAAAGGCUGAAUUUAUACUAAAGAAAUAACUGAUUAAAACACAUCCUGACUUCUGUAAUAACGUCAUACAUCAUGAUUUUAUAGAAGUGGUCUUUAAUAAUAAUAAUAUUUUGCACCUUCCUUACGUCUCAGUCAGCUUUGUUUACAGAUCCGAUGUUUCAGACUGACGUCCAGUGUUACAGAACAAGUUUUGCACUUAUCCUCCUCCAGCUGAUUUCAGCCUAACAUGUACAGAAAUGUUUCCAGAUGAAUGUGUAAAAAAAACUGAAUUUAACAGUAUUAAAUCUUUUUAUAAAG